GAGCAACUUCGACUGUACUCCUCCUCUACCUGAAGCCGAAACUGUAAAACUCCAACUCUCUCUCUCUCUCUCUCUCUCUGAAAUGGAUCAAAUUCAACACAAAUUCAUUGAAGUCCAAGGCCUCAAGCUCCACGUUGCUGAGAUCGGCUCUGGUCCUAAUGUAGUCGUGUUCUUGCAUGGAUUCCCGGAGAUAUGGUACUCGUGGCGUCACCAGAUGGUGGCCGUGGCGGGAGCUGGGUUUCGCGCGCUAGCGCCUGAUUUCAGAGGCUACGGGUUGUCCGAGCCGCCACUUGAACCCGAAAAGGCCUCCUUUGGUGACCUUAUUAAGGAUCUUGGUGCAUUGCUUGAUGCCCUAGGCAUUGAUAAGGUGUUUCUUGUAGGUAAAGACUUUGGAGCUGUUCCUGCUUACUUGUUUUCCCUCCUCCACCAAGAGAGGGUCCAAGGAGUCGUGAGCCUAGGAAUUCCGCACCGCUCUCCCAGUUAUCCCCUCACAUAUCACCAGCAUCUCCCCGAAGGCUUUUACAUUUCGAGAUGGCAGAAACCUGGACGCGCAGAAGCUGAUUUUGGGCGCCUCGAUGCUAAAACAGUUGUGCGUAAUAUUUACAUACUCUUUUCGAGAAGUGAAAUACCAAUAGCAGCAGAGAACCAGGAGAUUAUGGAUAUAGUCAAUCCAUCUACCCCUCUUCCCCCUUGGUUUACAGAAAGAGAUCUUGAAGAGUACGGUUCUCUGUACCAGAAAUCAGGGUUUCGCACUGCAUUGAAAGUUCCAUAUAGGUCGUUUAAGGAGGACCAUGGAAUAACGGAUUAUAUCGUUAAAGUCCCAGCACUCUUGGUCAUGGGAGAGAAGGAUUAUGUGUUCAAAUUUGCAGGCAUGGAAGAGUACAUCAGGAGCGGAAAGGUGAAAGAAUUUGUUCCCCAGCUAGAGAUUGUAUUUUCGCCAGAGGGAACCCAUUUUAUCCAGGAGCAAUCGCCGGACGAGGUGAAUCAGCUAAUUCUCGAUUUCCUUAAGAGGCAUAUUUGAUCAACGCUAACGGAAGGCUAUAGUUUGUCAACAUUCGGCAUUAAAAAGAGAUGUUUAUGAAUCAAAUCCUCUGCACAUUGCAAUAUUUCUACUUGAGGUCUUCUUGUAAGCACGAAAUACUUCUCAAUAAUCAUGGACCCCAUCACUAUU